CGCUUGUGGCACCUGACAUGGUCCUGCUCAAAGCAAAGCCUACACAGGGAGCAGGCGCGGGAAUCUGAUCUCAUGCAUUUUGCUGGAAGUGGAGCGUCUCCUCAGAAGCGGAGCACGGGGGCAGCAGACGCGCCUGGAAGACGCGCCUCUCCUGACGGGUGCCCGUCGGGGCUCUCUCCAAAUCCGUCUGAUUACAUGAUCCGGUCGGCAAACAUAGCACUAUGUGGAACCCCAGCCCGGUCCCUCAGGUGUCCUGGGACACCACGCUUAAGGAGGCGGGCGAGAGCUCGAAGGGAACUGUGGCGUGCGUCUUCCUGGGGGUACUUUUCGCCGUCACCAUCGGUUUGGUUUACUGGCAAGUCGUGGAUCAUUCACACAAAACCUGGAUACUCCAAGGCCAACUUAGCGAGUUCCUGUGGGAUCGGCGCAGCCACCACCUACUUAUCCAGACUCCGGGUGGGGAUAAAAAAUACUUGAACAUUGAUGUUGGGAAUCUGACAAACCUUGAUGUUGAUGUACCAUUUGCUCGGAACUUGUGUUGGUUGAAUAAAACGAGCUUCUGCUAUAGAUGGGAGUCUCAGGUGGAUGUUCGAAUAUCUCUUGUUCCCGGUGACUCGCAGCACACUGAGUGCUAUAAUAUCACAUGGGGACCAUUACAUUGUCAUGUGGAAGUAAAGAACUGCUUCUCUAUGGAGGGCGUGAAGUGGUAUGGCGGGGCUGGUGUGAAAUCGCAGCGCUGGCCCAUCAACGAGCAGAGCGCACCGCUGCAGCCCUACAUGCUCAGCGACCUGUCACUCAGACCGGCUGCCUACGGCUCUGUUCUGGAACAUUACUUCCUCUCUUCCUCAGGUGUGGCGAUCCUCCUGUCGCCCACGGUGCCCUUGCAGGUGGGCAUGGAGAGGCGGCAGCAGCAGCUGUGUGUGCGCGCGGAGCCGGGCGCAUUUCCACAGCCGCUGCACUACAGGGUGUGUGUGGCGCGCAACCUGAAGGAGGCUCACCAGGUCAUGACGCGCCUGCGCUAUGCCAACACGCCGGUCAUGCCCAACACAGGCAUCUUACGGUCUUCUCUGUGGACGUUUCAAGAGCAUAUGAGUUCUGCAGAGAGGCUGGAGCGUGAGCUGAGGACCUUCUCCAACCGUCUGAAGAGGCACUUACUCGGACCAGCUGUCAUCAGCCUGGACGAGCCGUCCACCAGCCUUCUGCUCUUCACAGACUCUACCCACAGGCACUUACAUUGGAAGAGUGUAAGUCUGGUGCACCACCUGAACCUCUCCAUCACAGUCUCGCCAUUCCUCAGCCUCAAGUCCCUGCAGGGUCAAAGGGCGCAGAGGGAGGCAGUGCACCAGAGGUCAUGGAUCAGCUCAAGAAGAGGAAGCAGUCAGCAGGCUCCACUCCUGACCUGGUGGAGGGGAGAGCUGUGUGUGAAGUUGGACUUGUCCUGCCCCACUUCGGCACACUGGCUCUCCGGGCAGGUGGCACUGGCGUCUGCCCACCUCGGAGCGGAGUACGUGGUCAUGGAUGCAGGGGAGGGGAGUCCCCCGGACAAGGACUCUGUGACCGCAGGAGAGUACCUCAGGAGGCUGGGCCGGAUCGCAGCCCAGGCUGGAGACACGACCAUACUCACCUCAGCUUCGGGAUUCAGUGAAUUGGGGCUGUUUGUGCGGAUGCCUGCUCUCCAGGCAGACUGGAGCUACUCAGGGCUGAAGGGCGUCAUACCUGCCAUGUUGCUGCACAGCCUCAUGGGAUAUCCCUUCUUCAUUCCCGACGCCAUAGGGGGUUCCUUGGCACAUGAGGAUGAGGUGGAUGAAGAGUUGUUUAUUCGCUGGCUGGAACUCUGCUCUUUUCUGCCUGUCCUCUCCUUUCAGAAACCUCCUUGGAGCUUUGGCAGUGGCUGGGUGUUGAACGUGACCAGGUCCUACCUGUCUCUGCACAUGGACUUUGUGGUGCCACUUCUGCACAAGUACACCCAGGAGUGGAGCGUCAGCCGCAACCCCAUCUACAGGCCCAUGUGGUGGCUGACCCCUGACGACCCCCAGACUUUCACCAUCGACGACCAGUUUCUGAUUGGAGACGAGGUGUUGGUUGCCCCGGUGACAGACAGAGGGGCGAUGUGGAGGGACAUCUACCUGCCGGGGGACGACCUGCAGUGGCAGGACCGCAGCACAGGUCAUGUGUUCCAGGGCGGAGUGCUGCUGCAGCGCUAUCCUGUGGGACUAGAACAGGUGGCCGCGUUCAUGAGGAUCCACACCUGACGGAGGCUUCACAGAGCCAUGGUCAGUACGGUCAACAAGCACACCUACAGUAAAGGACACUGGUUUUUGGCCAUAUAAAGACGUCCAUCUGAAAGACACUGUUUUGGCCACGUUCAAGAUGCACACCUGAAGGACAUUGUUUUGGCCAUUUUCAAGAUGCACACCUUAAAGAUACUGUUUUGGCCACAUUGAAGCCCAAACACCUCAAGGACAUUGUUUUGGGUGUGUUCAAGCUGCACACGUGAAGGACACUCAUUUGUCCAAUUCAAGCUGCACACCUGAGGUUUAAGAACAUCAAGUUGGCCAUGUAAGAGCUGCAUGCUUGAGGGGCACCAUUCUGGCCAUAUUCACACCACACACCUGAAAGAAACCUCUUUGGCCACGUUCAAGCUGCACAGCAGAACUAAGAGAACUACGCCCUAUGAGGUAGCUGCACAAACUGUGAUGGUCUGUUUGAGCUCUUUAAAAGGCUAAAUGUAUGGCAAAGGUCAUUAGAGACCUCUCACCUGUUUACUGAGCCAGGGGUACUUAAAUGUUCUGUUGCAGAACUGUCUGUCUGUAGGGCUCCAGACUGUUGGAGCACAUGACUCAUAAACACAUGUUUUUUUUUUUUUUAAAGUUGUUUUUGAAGGAUAUUAAAGUUAUAACUUUGAUUGUUUAUUUAUUAUAC